CUAGUUCCCGUCUGUAAUCUCUCAACAAGUCAAGUUUGCAAAAAGAAAACACCUCAUACAGUUGGUGUCCCUGCGUGGGCAAAAGCUGGAUUAAGAAGAAAGAAUGUUUUAUUAGAAAUGAAGAAACCAAAAUCGGAGAGACAGAUCCAAGCAGAAUUUAACCUGGAAAAUGACACAACAGAACUCAACUUGUAUACUACGACAAGAAGAGGUCCUCUCUUCGAGAACACUGCGGAUACAGAGAGUCGAAUAGAAAAGUAAGAGUGCCUGAUUGGGCUUGUGGUAAUCUGGGAAUUAAGGGGACAAUCCGUACAGGCCUGCAUUAAUUUUUCUGGCGUUAUUUCCGUAAAGCGUAGUUCACAUCUAUGAUCUUCAUAUUUACAGUCAUUGAUUCAUCACUUCACGGGUUUAAUACGAACCAACAUGAUGAUCAGCUCCCAGUUGGCUUGUUAGGUUUGUUGCUAGGUAAAACUUCCGCACAGCCCCAUCCUACAUUAUACAUUCAGUUCUUGGAUAGAGAAAACAAUGACAAAAACAAUACAUUGCCAUUGGGAAAACAGAUUUGUUUUAUAAUAGUAUGGGGCUGUGCGGAAAUUUACCCCUUUUUUCUUUGCUGCUAAAGUAUUUCAUUAUUUAUUACCAUUUCUUAAUUGGCAGUUCACAUAUAUGAUUUUCAUAUAUUUACAGUCAUGUAUUCAUCACUUCAUGGGUUUAUUUGAAACCAACAUAAUGACCAGCUCCCAGUUGGCUUGUUAGCUCAUUUAGUAGAGCACUGCACAUAUUACACUGGUCAUGGUUUGAAAUCUUGUACAGGCCUUAAUUUUUUCCAGGCCUUAUUUUCAUUACUGUCUAGUUAGUACUCAUUACUGUAAAGAUUUCUUUCACAUUCAGAUCUAACAGACUUGGUAGAAAGCUUGUUUAAAUCACAAUAUGAAUUGAUUAUGUUUCUCUGUAGAGCAAAGAUAACAAUGUCAGCUGAUAAGACCAUGUUUGUUUGCUACCAUCCUGCCAAACCAUUUCCUCUACAGUUUUCAAAGGUAUUUUGCUACUUAAAUUAUAUUUGUAAUUUUAAAAAUGUAACAGAAAUUGCCGUUAUUACUGUUAUUAUGAAUGCUUAAGCCAGAGGUAUCAAUGGGCAGUUACAUCAGUCUAAUAUCUUUUAAAAAAGUUGUGUAUGUCUCAUGACUCAGUCAGUUCUGACUUGAAUUGCAACAAUUGCAUCACACACAGCUGGACUUUGGGUAUUUAGUACCUUGUUCUUAUCUUGUUUUCUUUGUUUUGUACUAUAAGUUUCAGACUGAGUUUUUUUCCGCCUAGACUUAUGGUCCUAGGGUGAAGCACAUAGGCCAUAAAUCCAUGCGCAAAAAAAAAAAAAAAGGAUUUUUCAUAACUUACAAUACGGUCUGAGAAAACAAGUUAUCCAUUUAACUCCCAUGAGUGACCAAGACAGAAUUUCUCCUCACCAUAUCAAUACAAUAUCAAGCAGACAAGUGAUGCAAAUAAAGAGAAAUAUUAAUUAGGGGAUGGUUAGUUGAUCCAAUACUAAAUUCUCCAAACUAACAUCACAAGAACCAUAUGGCAGACAGUAAGGAGAAUUACUAAUGAUAUCUUGGGAGUUAAAGGGUUAGAAAGAUAAUUAGUACAUCUCGGGGUUCAAAUAGAGGGGGGAACAUUUCAAUUCAAGCAAAUUUUGAAUUUUGCAGGCCUUAUAGCGAAAUCCAGCCUGCUAAAUUGACCAAUCAUGAUGCACUCACUAAUAGAGAAAUAUGAUAAGGUUGAUUAGUGACAUGUCACCUUAUCAAAGCAUUAUGCUCAGAUAUGAUGGAUAUGACUAGCUGGUUUUCAAUUUCUGUGAUUAAUGCAAACAGCAGACUCUAUGUUCAUUGGGCUAUCCUGUUUUUGUGCUCUUCGAUCGUGGACAUCAAUGUCUCAAAGAGUUCUGUUACACUUCCUUCAUUUAUGCUAUUAGGGUGAAGUCCUCAUUUCAGUUGCCUCUUUCACCCUGCAUGUGUUUUGCUUUCAAACAAACUUGGAGUACCACAUAUUAUUUUGUGAUCAAUAAUGAAAACCUAUUAUGGUAGCAUUUAUAAAAGGUAGUUAUAAAGAUUACCGUAAUCACUAUCUUACAGGACAUAGGUUAUCAUGUGUGGUGGCACCAGGAUACCGACUACACUGAAAACUAUCGAGAUCAUUUGACAAAGGAAGAGGUUGGUUAUUUAUAGCAGGUGGGGGAGGGGAGGGGAGGGGUAGGGAAGUUCAGGAAAAAGGUCCAUGGGGUCUGGACCCCACCCAUCAGAACUGUGGAUAAUUUUUAUCUUUGUCUGAAACCAAAAUUCUCACAAGGACAGGAUUGUGUAUUACUACCCAACUUGAUGUAUUUCUAGCUUAUUAAGGCUUUUGUAAGAUAUUCAUUGUUUUCUGAAUCAAAGUUCAUCCCUUCCCCCCUCCACACAAAUUUGCUGCAUCUGCCCUGAAUGGUACGUGCCAGAGAUUAUUACUGCCUAAUUUUUUUUUAUCUAUUUUGAAAAAUUUAAAAUCACGAAUUGAUGAGGAAAAAAUUUAAACUAAAUAGCCGUAUGUAUGAUAUAAAUGGCAACCCUAUCAUGCACAGGACAGAAUGCCUGCAAAAGACAGAUUUUUAUGUCAAAACAAAAACGAGACUGUAUUAGUAAAAAGUAAAACUGUUCCGCUUGAAGGAAUAGUAGAAAACUUAAAAAAUUCCGAAAAUCAACCAUAAUCUGACGAUUGAAGCUGGUUUCUUAACGAAAAAUCUGGUAAACUUUAAGCGGAAUAAAGAAACUGGGUUUAUUUAAAGAAAAUCUUAUCACAACGGAUGGAACUUCUAUUUCCGUCUAUUUCCGAUUUUGGACAGUUCCGUUAGAUUUCAGGCGCUAUCGAACAAUUUCGGACCCUUUGGUCCGUGUUCGGACAGCUCCUUGCAAUUUUAAACACCCCUGUCCGAUUUUGGACGUCUUCGUUGGAUCUUGCACGCUCCGAUGUUGGACGCUCUUGUGCAAUAUCGAAUGAUUCCAGUGGAUUCCAGUUGCUAGACACUAAUGUUUUCUUCCCUAUUUUGGUCACAAAAGCGGGAAGAAAAAAAUAGAGACUGAUUUGGCAGCGAAAGUCGCCGAGUUGGCGACACGUUUUCAGCAAUCAUAUGUAGCAAAUAAGAUGUAACGUUUUAUAACUUCGUUUUAUUACUUCGUUCAUAGUCAGUGAGUGCAUAACUUGACCUUUGUGCAUGGCAAGUUUAUGAAAAACAAACUCUCCAAACACUCUCGAUAACACAUUAGAUGAAAAGGGAGGCAGAACUAAAUCAGACAAACUCCUGCAGCGUUGUAAUAUAAUCUGCAAUCUUUCGUGAUAUUGCACAAAACUUUAAUCUUUAGUUUUGUAUUAUUGUAUUAUUUCUUCUUUUGUAACCAAAUGAAAGCUCAAUGAAAGCUAAUAAGCAGUAUUUUCAUUUGGCACUGCUGAUAUUUAUUUUAACAAUUGAGCUACAUGUAUAUGAUGAUCAAUAAUUCACAUUUGUCUCGAUGUCGUUGUUGUCUUUCUGCCAGACCGCAGAAGUGAAAAAGCUCCGUGCAGAAGAUCCCAAGCUGUGGACAGUGAUUGCUCUGAGUCGAAUGUUGGAAGUAAAACCUUUGGCUAUACUGUAUGUACCUUCUUUUGUCUUGAUUGAGAUCCCGGGUCAGUCUUAAAAAAAUUGACUCAGGGCUUAAACAUCUUGAAAAAUUCCUCACUAUACUGUUUCCGCGUCUAGAGUGCUAACACCUCUUUCGUGUUUCGCGAUUUUCAACCUUAGCAGGCUGUCCCUUUUAAGUCAUUCUGUCAGAGAAAAUGACAUUGGCGAUUGCAUCAUAGCCUCAUCCGAUCCAAACAUAUAGAAAGUAGUUUAUCAAAAUAUUUUUUGAAAAUAUUCAGAGAAUGUCCUAAUCUUUUUAACUCGAAGGCGAAUUAUCGCGGAGGUGUUUUAUCUUGGACUGUGUCUUAUAGAAUAGACUGUUCUUGGUCUAAUGUUACUUAUUUUAUCUAUGCAAAAUUCUCACAACUGACCUCCGAGAAAUGAAGGCAUACAGUUAGGAGAAUUGAGGAUUUGAUUUAUAAUUUUUGUUGACCUGUAGGUUGGCCGCUCCUCUUACGGAUGAACAGAAGUUUGAACUUGAAGUGGAACGAAAGCUUUUAAACGAAUGGACCCUUUCAAAACGCAAAAUAUACCGAGCUAACCAGGAAUUGGUAAGAAUUGGCUUUUGG